CUUUGCUAUGAUCCAAGGCAUAUAAGCACUUGCAGUUUGAAAUAGAAAGGGAGAUGUAUAUGCGUAUACAUGUGUGUAUGUGUGUGGUUGAAACGUAUUAGGAAAGUACGGUAUAGUGGCUUAUUCAUUUCAAUCAGCUUAAAAUUCUUUUUCUUUUCUCUUUCCCAUUCUUUAUUACCCAUCUAUUGGAAUGAACGAACAAAAAGCUAAAAAGCCCUUCAAGAGGACAAUCAAGAAGAGAAGUUUACAACCUCCUCCAAUACACCCACACAUUGAACAGAUUCAAACAGAAAUUAAUUCACUUCAAGCAGAGCUGGAUGAGCUUAAAGUGAAAGAAGAAGAACAACUAACAGAGGAAGAAAGAAUGAAGAAACAGAUAACAGAAGCAUGUCUUGAAAAAUACCAGACUACUUUAAAGAACUUGACAGAUACAGAGAUCAAAGAUAAAUUACGCGCAUAUCACGAAAAUUAUAUUGAAAAAGAAAUCAAAUAUAAAGUAGAAAAUCAGACACUAGCCUUAUUACAAUUUCUUUAUAUUGUUCGACUGGCUCAAUUUGGAUUAUUUUCUGCCAUUCAAGUAGAGAACGCUUCGGAGAAGUUGUUUGCUGUAAAUGAUUUUUGUGAUCAACUCAUAGGUGCAUCUGUUUAUGCAGCAAAGGAUCCUUCUUAUAAGAUUAGAUCACAAAAGAGAAAGUUUGUCUUUGAAGCAUUGAAAAAGUUUGAAUUGAGCUCGGAAGAUACUGUGACAACUAUAAAUGAUGUUACAUUUAAGCAAAUAAAGACACUAUUUGAUGAUAUUUGGAAUAAUACAAUAGAUGAAAAGAGAGCCUUAGACAGAGUUCAUUCUGAAGAUCCUACUUGGCUUAUUAUACCAGCUGAUAGUCCAGUACCGGGCCAUGUUACUUUGCAUACAAAUCAAAAUGAACCAUCUUUAUCAUCAUCAAACGAAGAGAAAAAGAAUGAACAACAAAAUGAAGAAAAAGAAAGUGCUGAUAUAGAAAACAGCGUUUUAAAUGAGGAACACGAUAAAGUGGAGAUCAAAGAACUUGAUGAUAAAAAAUCUGAGCAGCCAGAAUUAAUAAUUGGAACUGAAGGAGAGGAUCAUGAAGAGGAUCAUACGUACCAUAUCAAUGGAGAUACUCUAGAUUCUAAAGAGGAAUAUGACUAUGUUCGAAAACAUUCUGAAUCAGAACACGACAAUUGGAGGAACCGAGGUAGCAUAGACAAUAAUUUCCGUGGCAGAGGGAGGGGUAUUCCAACCAUCCAUGGAUUCAGAAGAGGUACAGGACGUGGACGAUAUAUUAGAGGAAGAGGUGCAAGAGGUAUGCCAAGAGGCAGAGGAAAGGGUAGAGGUUAUGAUCGUAAUGACUACGUCGGAACGGAAUAGGUACUUUUUUGCUCAAAUUCUACUAUUA